AUGUUUUAUUAUUUGACUUUUACUCGAAUUUUUUGCUUUCUUUAUGGUACAACAUUAACAUUUGCUAGUUCAUUAUCUAUAAGUCGCUCAGCUCGUCGGACAGGUAAUGUUACAUUAGGUGGAUUAUUUCCUGUACAUGAAUAUGGAAGUCCACAAGAACCUUGUGGAGCUAUUAGUCAAUUUCGUGGUAUACAACGUUUAGAAGCUAUGUUAUUUGCUAUAGAACAAAUUAAUAAUGAUGAACAUUUAUUACCUGGUAUUGAAUUAGGUGCACGAAUAUUAGAUACAUGUUCCGAUGAUAAUUAUGCUGUUGAACAAUCUCUUGGAUUUGUACUUAGUCGUUUAACAUCAAGUACAUGUAAAUGUGUAAAUACAUCAAUAUCAGAAUCUCUUCAUAAUGAUAAUGU